CAUUCCCCCUUUCCCCACUACUAUUAGAUCUUCACUCACCAUUGUUCCAAGUUUGUUGUAAACCAAGCUAGAACCAGCAGCCAACAUGGCCUCAUUAGCAGCCUCCACCGCUGCCGCCUCCCUUGGCGUCUCUGAAAUGCUCGGUAACCCUCUGAAUUUCAGUGGUGGAGCUAGGUCAUCGGCUCCAACACCAUCCAACUCAUCCACUUUCAAGACCGUUGCUCUUUUCUCCAAGAAGAAGGCCGCUCCUCCAAAGCCCAAGGCUGCUGCUGUCGCCCCGGCCGAUGAAGAGCUGGCUAAGUGGUACGGUCCGGACAGAAGGAUUUUCUUGCCUGAAGGUCUGUUAGACAGAUCGGAGAUCCCAGAGUACUUGAACGGAGAAGUUCCCGGAGACUAUGGAUACGAUCCGUUUGGUCUCAGCAAGAAGCCAGAAGACUUUGCAAAAUAUCAAGCAUAUGAGUUGAUACACGCAAGGUGGGCAAUGCUUGGUGCUGCAGGGUUCAUCAUCCCUGAAGCCUUUAACAAAUUUGGUGCCAACUGUGGCCCCGAAGCCGUUUGGUUCAAGACCGGAGCUCUUCUCUUGGACGGUAACACCUUGAACUACUUCGGGAAGAACAUCCCCAUCAACCUUGUGGUGGCUGUCGUUGCCGAAGUCGUCCUUGUUGGUGGUGCUGAAUAUUACAGAAUCAUCAAUGGCUUGGAUCUGGAGGACAAGCUUCACCCUGGGGGACCAUUUGACCCACUGGGGUUAGCCAAGGAUCCAGACCAGGCUGCUUUGCUGAAGGUGAAAGAGAUAAAAAACGGUAGACUCGCGAUGUUCGCCAUGCUCGGUUUCUUCUUACAAGCUUAUGUGACCGGAGAAGGUCCGGUGGAGAACCUUUCGAAGCACCUGAGCGAUCCUUUUGGCAACAACUUGCUCACGGUCAUUGCUGGAACUGCUGAAAGAGCUCCCACCCUCUGAUUUUAAUAUCUUUGUUUUCUGAUUUUCGCCGCUACUUGUUAUUGCGUUUAUGCAUUUUGUUGUACAUCAAACUUAUCGGAUAAUUCCCGAGAACUUUAAUCUUGAAGGUCUCACCCUCGAAUUUACUAA